UAACUAACAUGGCGCGCUCGCAUUGAUUUUCAUUCAGCACACCAGUGACUAUUUUCACAAAAAAUAUUUCUUCAAUCUUGCGGGUCAGCGCCGAUUAUUUAAUCAGAUUCCAAGUAACUUCCUUAAUUCGUACGGUAUAAUAGUUAAUUGAUAGUUUAAGUGAAUUCUAUUUAAAUUUAACACAAAAAAAGGGAAAACCAAAGUGAUUUUGUCUUAUUGAUUUCUCCCGAGUAAGAGAAAAAAAAAGUGGUACCUGGGUUGGAUACAUAUAGUAUAAUAUGAACGGGAACACUUUAAAUGAAAAGUGAUUUUGUAACAAUAUUUGUUUCUAAUUUAGCAUUUAGUGUUAAACCUAUGACGAGUGUGUAAUUGAAUAUACGGUGUGCAAUUGACCUUUCCGGAAUAUAUAUAAAUUCUGAUCAGAUAUAAGCAAAAUGAACCCGGAAAUUGAAUGUGAAUUUUACUGUUAAAGUGGACUAGGGCGUGUUUGCAAUUUAAUUGCCGGUUAUUGAGGGUGGCACAUGAUAGCUUAAUGAUUUAUAAUUCGAUUGACUGUGUUGUGUGCAUGGAAAAUAAAUUUUGACAUUGUAAUUGGAAGCGGUAUGAUCGGACGAGAACACCCUUUAUGAUAAAAAAAGCACAUUCGUUUAAUUACCGCAUCGAGCAUCUCAAGUAAUUUUGUGCAGACUUUUUUUUUGGGAAUCGCUUGGAUAAAUAUGAAUGCAAACGUUAAACCAAAUUUGUUUACGAAUAAUUUAAGUGGAAAAUACACAUAAAACUCCCGGACAGUUUGUUACAUAAAAAACCUAUACGCAUACGGUUCGGUCUUUCUUCCUUAAUAAAAAAAAAAUUAUUUAAAUUCUUCCUCUCGUUAAACAAAAAGAUUAUAUUUUAAGAGUGCUGACGCACACAACAUACAAAAUAUUAACAAUUGCUUCCUGUGCAUAAUACAUACGAAAAAAAAGAAGAAAAUCACAAAAACAUAGGCUUCCUGAGCUUGCGAUUUAGUUCAAUAAUAAUAAUAAGCAGAAAUUUGCUAAAUAGAAGCAAAAGUUCCAAUAAAAUCGUUCUACAUUAUAGUGUUGCAUUAAUGAGUGAAACUUGUUGAUAAAUUUGAUAAAAACAAAAAUCAAUUUUCGUUUUUUAAUUUUAACAUUGUUUGUGCAUAAAUAUGGCGACAAGUAUCAACGAAGAAACAGCAGACAUCACGGAUCGUUUGACUGCCGAGUAUGUGGCGAUACCUCAGUUUUAUAGUGGUAGAAGUAUUUUCAUCACCGGCGGAACAGGAUUCAUGGGAAAGGUGUUGGUAGAAAAACUUCUAAGAUCAUGUCCAGAUAUAAAGAAUAUUUACCUGUUGAUAAGGCCGAAGAAAGGUCAAGAAGUGGCGGCAAGAUUGAAUGAUUUAUUGAAUUCACCACUCUUCGACACAAUAAGAAGAGAAAAACCGAAAGAAUUGAGCAAGGUAAUACCGAUAUUUGGUGAUAUUACAUCCGAAGAGCUUGGAAUUUCGGCUGGCGAUCAGGCUCUGUUAUGUAAAAAUGUUUCCAUUGUGUUCCACUCGGCUGCAACCGUAAAGUUUGACGAGAAGUUAAAACUUUCGGUGACCAUAAACAUGCUAGGAACAAAACGACUUGUUGAACUCUGUCACCGAAUGAUGUAUUUGGAUGCGUUAAUCCACGUAUCGACAGCUUAUUGUAAUUGUGAUCGUACCGAAAUUUCGGAAGUAAUUUAUACCACACCCUACAAUCCUGAUGACAUUUUCUCACUUGUUGACUGGCUACCAGAAGAUAUGUUAGAUAAGUUAACUCCAUCCUUAAUCGGUAAACGGCCAAACACUUACACAUUCACAAAAGCUCUGACCGAGCAAAUGUUACUCAAAGAAGCUGGAAAUCUACCAGUAGCUAUAGUUCGUCCAUCAAUUGUUGUUGCCUGCUUCGAAGAACCAACACCUGGUUGGUUGGAUAAUUGGAACGGUCCCACAGGCAUUGUGUCGGCUGUCGGAAAUGGCAUAUUUCGAACAAUCAUUUGUGAACAGGAUUACGUUGUGGACGUUGUGCCCGUAGAUAUUGUCAUAAAUUUAGUAAUUGCAGCUGCAUGGCGGACGGCAACGUCAAAGCCAUGCGAAAUGAAAGUCUACAAUUGUGUGACCAGCAGACAGAAUCCAGUCACAUGGGGUGAAUUUGUCGGUUUAUCCAUCAAGCAUAUGAUACGCCAUCCAUUGGAGAGUGUUUUCUGGUAUCCGACUGGUGUGCUCAGAAUGAAUAGACCGGCCAAUACAAUUCAAGGAUUUUUGGUUCAUUACAUUCCCGCUUAUUUUAUCGAUUUGUUCACAUGGUUCAUGGGAAAGAGACCUAUAAUGAUUAAAAUCCAAAACAAACUAGCUAAAGCUGUGGAAUGCUUAGAAUAUUUUACGACCCAUCAGUGGCGUUGGCAAGACGAUAAUGUUCGCAAUCUAUUAACGUACAUGAGUCCGAAGGACCGUGAAAGUUUCAAAUUCGAUGUUAGGGAAAUUCAUUGGGAUAGCUAUUUGGAAAAGUAUGUUCUUGGCUUUAGAGAGUUUCUGUUCAAACAAAGUCCGAAAUCUUUACCGAGUAGUCGGAAGAAAAUGACAAGGUUAUAUUACAUUCAUCAACUAUCCAAAGUUCUUCUAGUUAUAUUCACCUGGCGUUUCUUAAUGGCACGGUCACGGAAAAUAAGAGACACAUGGGCGAAAUUCCUGCAAUUGAUAUUUAGUUCAGCCCGUCUUCUACCAUUUGUAUAAUGUUUGUCUGGCUCUGGCAUUAUAACAGCAUAAUCUUAUGGUUUAAAUUUUUGUAGACUGGUCCUUAAGUCAAGCGUUUUUUUCGUAGACUUUUUUCUUUUUCUUUUUUGUCCUUUGUUUGGUUAAAUGAAUUAUUAAAAUACUUUGAUGGUAGGAAUGUGUAUUAAUUAAUUAAAAAACCAAGAAAUUAGUGAAGGAUUAAAUUAAUAGUUUGAAAUUUGUAUAAUGGCUUUGUUCCAAAGUUGCUACAUGAAAUUUUUUUUUAUUUUAAAAAUGUCUCUGAACGAACGGACACUAAAAAUGUAUUUAAUCAGAAAGCUUACACAGUUUUAAUUCAAAUCAGAACAUUGAAAAACUUUUAACAGAGUUAAAUUGUGCAACCAAGAAAAUGUUCAGUUUCUGUUGUUCGAAACGUUUACAUGAAUUUAUUUUUAUUU